AUGGCGGACGGGACCGCGACGCGGCAGCCACGCGUGCGCGCCGCUGCGAGCAACGGCGCCCACAACGAUGAUACUCCCUCGCCGAGGCGUACACCCCGGAGAAAGAUGCGCACCACCGCCCGAACCGCCGCCGCCAAGACCGACCGCCUCCUCAUCAACAGCCGGGUGCCGGCGUGGUACAGCCAGCCGCUGAUACGCACCGGCUACCGGCCCGGGACCAACUUCGUGGGCGGCCUGCCUGCGCACGCUGGGCGGCAGGCGGCAGCCGCACAACCAGACGGUCAACAUCUACACGCAGCUUGUCCCGGCAGCUGCCUGCGCCGCGCUGCUCCCCCUCCUCCUCCUUUUCCUCCAGGCCCGGCUCCUCCCGGCGCCGUCGACGGCGGCCGGCAGACGGGCCUGUCGUACUACUACGCCGAGGGGCUGCUGGUGCUUCUCGGGGCGUGGCAUUUCGAUUCUCGUUUCCCCGAAUGCUGGAAGCCCGGCAGGUUCGACAUCCUUGGCGCGUCGCAUCAGAUCUUCCACGUCCUGAUCGUCGCGUCGUCCGUCGUGCAUCUCUGCGGGCUGGUGUCUGCGCUCCGCUAUAACCACGAGAACGCGCGGUGCCCGCUGCUUGAGCUUGGGAUGUAG